ACUCCCCGACCCAAAAAACUUUCCACUCUGCACAAUCCGUGCGGAUUAUCCCCCCCUCCCCCCCCCCUCUUUUCCCGGAGCUGCACUGAGCGGAAAUGGCCCUCUCCUAAUGUGACAGCUGGGAAGACCGCGAUUUGCAUACAGCGCAGUCAGGGCCAGGAAGGGGUUAAAAAAAAAAAGCAUUAACAGCCCAUUAUGCUGGCAAGAGCCUCGCCGGGAGAAGACGGACAGUACGGCUGCGACAGCGUGAGUCGCAUCUACAGCGAGCAGGGAGGAGAUCCCCCGACCUGCGCGCUCCACUGGUCGCUCGUCACCAAACUUCUGCUGCUGCGCUACGAUGGGAGCUGCCCCACCGACGACAUGCUAGUUGCCGACUUGAAGAAGACCACCAUGGAGAAGACCUCAGAGCACAUCGCCCUCAGCGAGUACAGCAUCGCCGACAUCUCUUCUUCGGAAUCCAAGGACUUGGUCACCAGCAGGACUGAGAGCACCUUGUACAGUUCCUCCAGAAGCGAGUCUUCCUGGAAUACCGUUCACCGGAGUGCCUGGGACACUUACCAGAAACCCAUCAUCAUUAUGUCCAUUGGGGGUUCCGUCUUCCUUCUGGGGAUCAUAAUGACCACCAUGAACUUCCUCUACACCUACGCUCCCGUCUCCAAGAACUUUGGGCCCGUGGCCCUCUCCAUCGGACUGAUGGUUUUGGUGGUCGGUUUGGUUUGGGUGCCCAUCAUCAGGAAGAAAAGGAAACAGAGGUCAGCCUCCCGGCUUUUCAACACCUCACGUCAGUUUUUCUUUCACUUUUGAGCUUUUUAUUUCGGGAGGUCCGGCCACGGGAGUUACCAUCAGAAGACCGUUCCAAAGCUACGCGCUCGGCGAACGCAUCGAGUCUUGGAUCUCGUAACCACAAGAAUAAAUCGGCAAGAAGGUCAAUGGCCUAUAAAUGUUUUUUUACACGGGAGAGCUGGGAAAUGGUGGAGUAAAAAAAAAAGGGAAAUGGGCCACCAUAGCGAGAGACGGCCUCCAAGGAAAAUGGGUAAAAAGCCCCUUUUAGGGGCCGCAAAGGCCAAACGAAGGAAUGCAUGAUCACCCUUUUUGGUUUGCAUAAUCCCCGUCUUGAAGGCAUGGAGGCGGUGCUUUGUAGCCAUAGGACUACCCAACAAGAAGGUGACUUUUCUCCAAUGAACGGUUUCCCAUAAUUCCCUAAUCCCGGGAUGGCCCGCCCACCAGGAUCAAAAGAAAAUAUGGCCGACCUUUUUUUUUUUUUUUUACCUACGCCUCUCCUCCGAUCUCCUCAUCUUUUAUCUUCAGGAGUUUUUGCUUUUCUUUUAUAUACGUUCUGGAACUUCUUCUUCUUCUCACCUGGGGGGGGGGGGGUCCUAUAAGUGGGCGUGGCCUGUUCUCUCAGCGGACGGUAUCAGCUUUUAAGUGGGCGUGGCCUGUUCUCUCAGCGGACGGUAUCAGCUUUUAAGUGGGAGUGGCCUGUUUUCUCAGCAGACGGUACCAGCUUAUAAGUGGGCGUGGCCUGUUCUCUCAGCGGACGGUACCAGCUUUUAAGUGGGCGUGGCCUGUUCUCUCAGCGGACGGUACCAGCUUAUAAGUGGGCGUGGCCUGUUCUCUCAGCGGACGGUACCAGCUUUUAAGUGGGCGUGGCCUGUUCUCUCAGCGGACGGUACCAGACGGAACGGGUUGGGCGGAACCUCUGGAAACUUGCAUGACAAGUUAUAUUUAUAUUCAUUUUAUGCACAGCAGUUCGCAAAGGAAGUGAUAAUAAUAUAUCUGCUAAAAAAACAAAAAGAUUAUAUAGCUGUAUAAUAAUAAUUCAGAUAUUUUUGUUACCAUCAAAGCUUUUAAUGACCGUAUUUUUUUUUAUUCUGUACGGAAGGAAUGUUACCGGAAAAUGUAUUUAUUGCAAAUUGUGAAUAAUCAAAAAGCGUGUCUUUUCCAGGAAAAUAAAACCUUAUUAAGCGUGA